UUUUUAAAAAAAAAAAAUUUCCCAUACAUCGUCGAACUAGAAUGAAAGGUCCCCACCUUCUAAAACAAUAAUCACAAGGGUACAAACAAUGGGACUCCCAGGUCGCAACCCACAGUAAGGAAUGGAGGAUCCAAAGCAGAAGCUAAAAGCUAAACACUUGAACCCCAUCACCUCCAUCAAAAGUGGCUGUUGAUACCAAUCUCUUAUGCAAGCCAAAUUGAACUUUGGCUAGCUCUAUCAGAUCCACCUUGUGAAAAAAUCAAAGAAAAUCAACCUCUGAAUUCUCUUUAGGACUGCUGAGCUUUUUCCUUUGAACACCUUCAUUCCCUACAACAAGACUUCCUUGCUUGCAGUCCUCCUGUUCCAAGGAAACCCUCAGAUCAAUCCAAACCUUGUCAUACUAACUCCCUAAAUCCCAUCUAGGUCUCCUAUUCCUUCCACCAUGGUUAAAAGAAAAGCAUCCAAGAAGCUUGGCUCUCAAACCAAAUCAAAAGAGGAGCCUGUUAGACAUGAGAGGAAUCCAUCUUCUUGUCAACAACAAGAUUCAGGAAGCAAGGGAGGAGGUGAUAGCAAGAAGAAGGUGAAGAAGGUGAUAUGCACCAAGAUCUCAGACUUAGAAAGUGAGCAGGUCCAAUUCAAGCAGCCUACCAUGCACAAGAGGUCAUCAGCUAUCAGGGUAUCAUCAGAUCAGUUGCCAAAUUAUAUGAAGCCCACACGCAGUUCAGAUGUAAGGAAGGAGAAAUUCAAGGUAACAAACCAUUCACCAACCAUCAGUGAUAGGAUUAGAAGCCCAAGAAAUUUGAGUAAUCUAAAUUGCUCAAAGACCUCCACUUCUUCUCCUGAUGGCUCUGGCCUUAAACAUGUGAAAAUUCUGAAAAGGAAACCUACUCUGAAACAAGUAAGGCCUUGGAUGAAGAAGAACAGCUUAGGAGUUGCUCCUUGUCCCAAGCUAUAUGCGAACAGGGCCACCUGCUCAUCAACUCUUAAGGAUUCGAAGUCUCUGAAGGCUUUGGAACUCAAUCCAGGAGGGACCGAAGCCGAAGGGACUUCAGUCAUGAAGGUCUGCCCUUACACAUAUUGCUCUCUGAAUGGUCAUAGACAUGAGACCUCGCCGCCUCUGAAGUGCUUCUUGUCAUCGAGGAGGAACCUGCUCAAAACCCAAAAGAGCAUGAAGGUAAAGGGGGUGUCUCCAUUCAGAAAGGUCGGUCUAGGGAAGGAUGAAAAGGUGGUAGAGACAGGACAAGCAGUUCUCAGCAGGGCCCCGUCUGCAUUGGAGAUUCUUAUGGAAGAAGUAGCCAAUGAUUUCUUUGUUGACAUCUAUGUUAAACCACAUAAACAGAUUGUAGAAUCAGACAAUUGUGAUGAAAGAAGCCUUCAAGAGAAGGAUGAUGGGGAGGGUGCCAAGUGCAAAGAAGAUGAUGGAAGGAAUCUCAUGGAUGGGAUUCAUGAAUAUAGUAGCUUUGAAGAAUAUCCAGACCAGAAUAGUGACCUUUCAAUUGAAGAAAUGGAUGUUAUGAUGAGUGUUCGGGAGUAUGCAAAUUGUGAUCAGCAAGAUGAAGAUGUGGUUCGAAAAGAUGAUGCAGAAUUGAGUUUACAAUGCCUGGUCAUGGAUGGAUCGAUCAAAGAGACUGAAGGUUUUGCAGGCAGUGCAAUCAAGGUACCUUUUGAGGCCAGUGAGAUGAAUUUGGAGGAGGAUGUAGACACAUUUUCUGGCAAUAAGACUGAUUGCUCUGAGUCCACUUAUGAUGGUUUAGGUCCAUUAUUCGUGCAUUUGUUCGAAAAUGAUGAUCCUGGCAAUGGACUCACACUUAAUGCAAAUUUUACUCCAGUUGCAUGUGAGAUAGUUGAAUCCGAUGGAGAGCCGUCUUAUGAAGCAUACAAAGAAGUAGCCGAGCAUGGUCAUAUGACAGCUUCCGAAGGCAUUAGUUCUGAGAGAAAUGAUGUUUACUCUGAUGAGGAAAAAGAAAGUUCUGCAAUUAAUUCUGUGAGCUGUGAUGACAAUGUUCAAGAUCAGAGUACUCAUUUUCUAAUGUCCAAACCACUUAAAGCCGAAACAUUGAAGGAAAAUGAUCUGGGCGACCCUCCGUUUAGCAAAGAGAGCAGCUCCAGUGUGAGUUUUCUGGGUCAUUUAAAGGCCUCCAAGGGAACAGCAGGCAGCGCAGCAAAACAUGAUCUCUGCAAACAGAACGGUGAAGGAGAAGCAUCCGAAGCAGUUAAUCUGGAAGUGAACCGUAUCUUAGACAAUGGAAAUGCAAAGCAAACAAUCUUCCAUGUCGGCAUCAAAGAAGAGGACGCUGGGAAUGAAGAGAUUGAAGAUGCCAGCUCCACAUCCAGCAUCCACCUUUCUGGUUCUAAUAAAGGAUCCACCGAGAAAGAAAAUGGUGCAACAGAGCCUGAUCACAUCCAAACAGAAAUGGAGAUCAAAUUCUACAAACAUGAUGAUACAACUGAAGAAGCAAGCAUUCUUCUUAAUAACCACCUCUCUUUUAAUGAUCUAUCAGAUGAGGUUGAUAAAGAAGACGGCUGGGAGAAGUCACAAAAAAAACAUCAGGCAGAAGUUGAUGAAACAGAAGGAAUAUCGCAGUCCACAGAACAAGACUGGUACGUAACAGACCAUGCAGUGCAGAUUAAGGAUGAUUUGGAGAUUUGCCUCACAGGUAGCACAGAAGGCCCAGAAGAAGAUAGAAUCAUCACUAUUGCAGCAGCACUCUUGAAAGCUCCUACUGAAGCCAGUGGUAAGCAAAAGGCAAAAAUAAGCACAGCGAGAAAGAGAAGAACUGACGAAGAGGAUCAAAUGAAAGGAUUCAACCCACGAGCACCAAACUUUCUCCCAAUCGAACCUGAUCCAGAAGCAGAAAAGGUUGAUCUCAGGCAUUGGGAGAUGGAUGAAAGAAAGAAUGCAGAGGAAUGGAUGAUCGAUCAUGCACUCCAACAGGCAGUAACAAAACUGGCUCCAGCUCGGAAAAGGAAAGUAGCACUGCUUGUGGAAGCUUUCGAGACUGUAAUUCUGAUGCCUAUGUGUGAGAAAGCAGAGAAACAUACCAGUCAAGGCUUCGAUCAUGCAAGGCCUAUACAAGCAUGCAGUUGAUGACUUUGGAGGUACUGCUUGAAGCUGAACUUCGUUCUUAAAAUGUACCAAAGGAUCACUGCAAUCUUAGCCCAACAGAAUGGAUACAAUGAUGGAGAAUAUUCUGUAGCAACCGUAGUUAUUUAUCAUGCAGGCAGGAUGAAGAUAACAGAAGCAAGUAACAACAGAUCAAAAGAAAUGUAAAUAAGUAUCCUGUAACUUAAUCAUCAUGCUGUCUGAUAUUGUAAUUAAGUAGAACAACCAGAGGAUGCAUUGUUCAGAAGAAAACAAUGUAUUUGAUUUCUUCAAGUAGAUUAUAUCCUCAGUUCUUGUAAAUAUCAAAAUUAACGACUACAUGGAGAUAUUUAGAAUCAUAUAUACAAAUGCUUUCCAGUUAUUUUAGACAAACUACUCUUUAAUACAACUUCAUUCAGUUCUAUAUGAUUUACGAACUACAUAUUCACGAAGCUCCUUGUUGGGAUUAUAUGCAAAUGGAGGGGGCAAACCUGCCAGCCAUUCCAUCAACCAAUAGACAAAAAACAGUCAUCAAAAUGCUCUGAGGACUCUGCAAGCUAAUAGAUUAUCAGAACACUUGUUUACCCUUGUUGAUAUAGAUACUGCUUGCAAAUGAUAAAAAAUAUAUUUGGUUAUAGAAAUUUUAAACUGAAAUUCUGAAAAUGUACAGCAGAUUUAACAGAAACAUGACAUUUUUUUUUUGAUUGAACAGAAACAUGACAUGCUAUGCACACAUACAGUGAUACAUCCUCUGCUGAACAAAAUAUUACAAAGUUUUUGGCAGCAUGUGAUAUUUCCUAGUGCAUCAAGUAUGUGUUUUUAGACUCCAAUGUCAACAUAAAUCAUAGUAUUUAAGCUCAUACGAUUCUUAUCUUCAGCUCAUACUGUAUAUUAUGAGCGAACAGACACAUCUGUAACAUGACUUCUAUGAAAGAAUAAUUAAUUGAACUCUUGUCAACAGAAAAUCAGCAAUUACAAUCUGAAUUAUGUUGGAUAAAAUUUCAUAUGAAUGUUCCUUAUUAUAUCAAUAGAAAGAAAAUCACAAGUAUGAACAAAAGAUAGCGAUGACUCUUCCAUAAUAAGAACAUAUGUACAGAACUCUUUCUAAUAUUUUUGGACUUCGCCGUGAUUUUCUCGUCAGGUAAAUGGUCUGAUUCAGAGUCUAAAAACAAAGCGACUUGGUAGACAUAGGAAUCAGAUGUUUAUGUGAUAAAGGCAUACCAGCUAUUACCCUCUUGAGUUGAUAGACAAAGAAGUGAUAACAUAAAAAAAAAGGAAUUGGACUAUCCAAAGAAUGAGCACUAGUUGACAAAUCUAUCCCAAUAGGCAUAUUUGGAAGAUUUCUAAAAGUUGUUUCUGUGUAGCAAGAGUUUUGUUGACAAAUGGAAAGCUACAUUCGUUUGCAAGAAAGUACUGUUUCUAUAGAUAAAUCAAAACAAUAGAGUAUGUUAGGUAAUAUACGCAAAAGCAUUGGAACAAUCUAUUAUUGGGUUUGACAACAUUUGGAAAUUCUUGAGAGAUUUGAACAAUCUUAGUUUUUUCAGGUAAGGGAAAUUCUUGGAUCAAACAUAAAUUAAAUAAAUAUACUACCCACUAGAUGAGAAACGAAAAAACAGAGAGAGAGUUCUAAACAGAAUAGAUUACUAUAUUAUAUUCACAGGAAACUAUAUUCUCAGGUUUCCAAUCAUUCUGUAAAAUCUCAGAAGACAUCAGCAGAUUUCAAAUGACAACUUGGAGAUAAAUGUUACUAUGGUAAGAGCACUCGAAGCAUCUGAGAACCUAUAAGAUUUUCCCUAUUAUAAGAUUUUAAGAGUAAUGCAGCUACUUAACUGGAAAAUCAUAGGAUUCAAACCUGGAAUCACAUUGGAAAACUAGAAAUUAAUUAUUCAGAUGCUCACAUGCCAACUGGAACUUCGCAUGAUUCGCACUCAAAUAUCAAAUUAAAUGCUUUCUAAAUUAACAAUGAAUUUACAUGAUUCUCGCCAAAAAACAUGUAAUCUGUCAACUUGUAUGCAUAUAGGCAUAUAAGAUAUCCAUUUAUUUCUUACUCAUGACAGCUAGUUAUUUAUGUGAAGUAAACAUUUGAUUCCAUCAAGUAUUUGAAGUUUUGAACAGUCUGGUACUCCUAUGGAAUGAGGCAACUCUUUUCCCUUUUUUUUGCUAAACUAGACAUGUGAUAAAGUUUAAGGAGGUCUUGAUCUAAAAUGAUGGUGAACAUUGGUCAGGCACAUUUACCCCAUAUAAUAGCAGCAACAUUAACUUUAGCAAAUAGACAAACUGCAGUAAAAUGAUGAAAAAGAAAAGUAUCAAUGCUUGAACCAAUUAAAUUAAAGUAUGUAAAUCAAUUACUAUAAUCUGUAAUAUUUAAAGUACCUAGAGAAAAUCACAUAUUUUGGAGGUCACCUAUCUAUCAAGGCUACACAUGAAAUGAAUGGUACCCAUGAGUUUGUGUGUUAGUUAAAAUGCAUGGUAGGAACUUAAGAUGGAAAAUUCACAUCAUCAAACAUAAUCUUCAGAUUGUAAAAUGCUUGGGAACACAAAACCCGAUAGACUUGAAUGCUUGUAAAAUUGAAUGUGUGUACAAUUGAAUGCUUGUAAAACAUAAACCAAAACAUUUGAUGCAAAAGAGACCCAAAAACAUUAUUGUUGUUUAUAGGUAUUUUUGAACGUUGUAAAUUAUGAUCAACAAUGUGGAUGUCUAAUUUGAUAUGUCAUACAGACAUUUACCAACCAGCUGAUGAUUAGCA